GGAUGCUGGGGGUUUUGAGAUAAUAAUAUGCUUUGGGAGUGGAAGAAAGCUUACCCCAAUUAGGGGGCAUAUUCACCCCUGAAUAUAAAAGAAAAAUCAGGUCAAUGUAGAGUCUAUAUACGACCAAUUCAACAUGCACUAAACAUGGAUUCAGAAAGGGAAACUGAUGAGGACUCUGGAUUGACACAGAAGUGUCCUAAAUGCCAAAAUAACAUUUCAUUCUGUGUUUUAAAGAAACAUUUGGCAAGCUGUGCAAGUAGCAGACCUAGUCCUCCAUCAACAGUAUCCAUACCACCUGAAGAACAGGUUGAAGAAAGUGAUACAUUGAAUGAUCCAGACCUCACUCAUAGUCAUACUCCUAAUGACGUUCAUGAAGGCGGAUCAAGAAAUUCAGACAUCUACCUGACCGUUUUUGAGCUGAACCGCACUACACUUACCCACCAAGCAGUAUGUGACAUUUGUGUGCAGCUGACAGGGAAGAAUAUAAUAUAUUGUAAAUAAAGUAAUAUAAUGUAAAUAAUUAAAUAAAUGA